UUGCGGGGAACCUAUUUUGUGACGGACAAGCGUUUGUUUCCAAUGUCCGUGAGGUCGGUAAACAGAACAAACGCUUGAGAUUAUAAACAGACUUACAAUGGCACCAGCUCAAAAGUAUAUAUAACGGAGAGGUGUUUAUAUAGCAUUAAGUCGUAAGAACCUGAAUACCCCUAAAGUUAUUUAAUUUAGUUAGGCGUAACAGAUAUGAAUGGACUGUGCACUUUACCAUUUUAGACAUAUCUAAAAACAACAAAAAAUAUAUUUUAGCUCUAUAUUUUAUGUAUAUAUAUUGUAGUGUUUAACUCAGGAUGUGGAGGGCAGCUCGGAGGCUUUCAGGGACCAGAACAGCCAGACGCUGUUCCAACAACUCCUCCGUAUUUUCGACCACCGUCUCCUCUCAGCCGAACCUCCCAGAAACAAAGCCCUCUGCCCGGCUUCAGGAGGAGAAGCGGAGGCGCAAACGGGACCGGGAGAAGCUCGUCCUGUCCAGCCCGCACACAAACGCUGAAGAUGACAAAGUAAACUGGAGUGAAAAACCGAAGAUUGUUUAUAAUGCACACACACCUCCUGGGACAAAGAAAGAUACCAGUCUGCCGUUCCCAUCCUCCUACAGUCCAGACUAUGUGGAGUCCAGUUGGUAUCAGUGGUGGGAAAAAGAGAAAUUCUUCAGUCCUGAACAACAUGAACAGUUGGCCCAUGGCGAGGAGCGGACCUUCUCUCUCUGUAUCCCACCUCCAAACGUGACAGGAAAGCUGCACCUGGGCCACGCUCUGACUGUGGCUGUACAGGAUGCUCUGGUUCGAUGGAGGAGAAUGCAGGGCUACAGGGUUCUGUGGGUUCCUGGAUGUGACCACGCAGGUAUCGCAACUCAGACUGUUGUGGAGAAGAAACUUUUACGUGAAAAAGGGAAACGCAGACAAGACUUCACCAGAGAAGAGUUCUUACAGGAAGUGUGGAAGUGGAAGAAUGAAAAAGGAGAUGAGAUCUAUCAGCAGCUGAGGAUGCUGGGUUCCUCUCUGGACUGGAGCAGAGCAUGUUUCACUAUGGAUCCAGGUUUCAGCAGAGCUGUGACGGCAGCUUUUGUCAGACUCUGUGAUUCAGGUCUGGUUUAUCGAUCAGAAGCUCUAGUCAACUGGAGCUGUGCUCUUCAGUCCACCAUCUCUGAUAUAGAGGUGGACUCCGUGGAAGUUCCCGGGCCGACCGCGCUGUCUGUUCCUGGUUAUGAGAAUAAGGUGGAGUUUGGAUCAAUGCUGACCUUUGCGUACCCCGUAGAAGACCACAACAGUGAGGUGGGCGUUUCCACCACUCGUCCUGAGACCAUGCUUGGUGAUGUGGCUGUAGCUGUUCACCCGGAUGAUCCUCGAUACCAGGCUCUUCAUGGUAAACACUGCAGGCAUCCUUUCACCAACAGACUCCUCCCCAUCAUCACUGACCCUGUGGUGGACAUGAAACUGGGAACAGGAGCAGUGAAGGUGACUCCUGCUCACGAUCACACAGACUUCCUUCUGUCUCUGAGACACUCUCUGCCUCGCAUAUCUGUGAUUGGAGAAGAUGGGACAAUGAUGCCAUCCUGUGGACAGUGGCUGGAGGGUGUAAAGCGAUUUGAUGCCAGACAGAUGAUUGUGGACGCUCUGGUUGAGAAGAAGCUGUUCAGAGGAAAGCAGGACCAUGCCAUGGCAGUUCCAGUCUGCAGCCGAUCCGGAGACAUCAUCGAACCUCUUCUGAAGAAGCAGUGGUUUGUUCGCUGUGACACAAUGGCUAAAAAAGCUGUUCAGGCUGUGGAAGAUGGACAUCUGGAAAUCAUUCCUCAACACUUCACCAAGACAUGGAGGAACUGGAUGUCCAACAUCAGUGAUUGGUGCAUUUCCAGACAGUUGUGGUGGGGUCAUCAGAUCCCUGCCUACCAAGUACAGCUUACUGGUUCCAGUUCCAGUGCAGAGGAAAAGUGGGUUUGGGGCCUGAGUGCAGAUGAGGCCCGACGGAGAGCUGCUGUGAAAUAUGGGGUGAAACCAGAAGAGAUCACUUUAAGACAGGACCCAGAUGUUCUGGACACCUGGUUCUCCUCUGGGCUGUUCCCUUUUGCUAUGCUUGGCUGGCCAGAACAGACAUCUGAUCUGCAGCACUUUUACCCCAACUCCAUCCUGGAGACAGGCAGUGACCUCAUCUUCUUCUGGGUAGCCCGGAUGGUGAUGCUGGGAACCGAGCUAACGGGCCAGCUCCCCUUUAAACAGGUGCUGUUCCACUCCCUGGUGAGGGAUAAAUACGGGAGGAAGAUGAGUAAAUCCCUCGGGAACGUCAUUGAUCCAUUAGACUUUAUACAUGGAGUUUCUCUCCAGAGACUUCAGGAGAAGGUGAAGGAGGGAAACCUUGAUCCUAGAGAACAUCUCGUGGCUCUGGAGGCCCAGAGGAAGGACUUCCCUAAAGGGAUCCCUCAGUGUGGAACUGAUGCUCUGAGACUAGCUCUUUGUUCUCACAAGAUCCAAGGUGAAGACAUCAGCCUGUCAGUCUCUGAAGUCCUGAACUGCAGACACUUCUGUAAUAAAAUGUGGCAGACUCUAAGGUUUACCCUGGGGGUUCUGGAAAAUAGUCCAGCUCCGAUGGGAACUCCUGAAGAGAUGGUCACUGAAGGGAGCAUGGAGAGAUGGAUCUGCUCCAGACUUUACAGCACCAUCCUCCAGUGUGAACAGGCUCUGGAGGUCUAUGAGGUCCACGCUGCCACCUUCGCGAUGUACUCCUUCUGGGUCCACAGCCUGUGUGACGUUUACAUAGAAUAUGCAAAGCCAGUUCUGCUGAAGCAGGACAAGGGGACAGUAGUCCAGACGGACCCAGCUCACAGUGACAUCACCAAGACUGUCCUCUUUCACUGCGUGUCUCUGUCUCUGGCCCUGCUGUCCCCGUUCAUGCCCUUCAUCACGGAAGAGUUGUGGCAGCGACUCCAGCCCUUCAGAUCUGAUCCUGGGACCCAGACCAGCCUGUGUCUGCAGCCGUACCCACGGUCCAGUCAACUGGUUCACUGGCAUUUCCCUGAAGUGGAAAAAAAUUUCCUGUUUGUCCAAGAAGUGGUCCGAGUGACCCGCUCCCUGAGAGCCCAGUGUGGUCUCACAAAGGAAAAACCCGACCUGUGGGUCGAGUGUUCACCCAGUCAGGCUCGGAUUCUGACUGACUUUGGGUCGGCGGUCUUGACUUUAGGCAGAAUCUCCAACUUCCACAUCUCCUGUCCUGAUGGAGCAGAUCUCCCAUCCACACAGUCCAUACCUCCACCUAAAGGAAGCCUCAUUGGUGUGGUGGACCACACCUGUCGGCUUCACCUGCCUCCUCAGAGCGGCGUGAUCUUGGAUCAACAACUCUUGCAGCUUUCCCAGCGGAGAAGCAAACUAACUCCAAAACUGGAACAACUCCUCGACAGACUUCGGUCCUCUGACUACCAAACAAAAGUUCCUGAUCACAUCCAGCAGCAGACAGCGAAAAAGGUCUUGGCCUUGCAGCAGGAACUAAAAACCAUUGAGGACCAGAUGAAGGUCUUGGAGAAGAUCUGAUCAACAGGACUACAGCCUCCCGGGCAGAAAUGGUUUACAUCUAAAAACCAGAGAUGAAGAUCUCUACCCAGCUUAAAGCUAGACUGUAAAGACAUGAACAUGGAGACUCACCAUCGUUACCUGGUUUGACCUGAUCUGAACUGUGAUUUAUUUAUUCUCCAGAACAAUAAAAAAAAACUAUUUUUCACUCUGAA